GGGGCAACGAUCGUUGCGAUCGUUGAAAACAAGUUCACGACUUCGCAGAGUUCGUAGAACCGUUUUACCAAAGCGGAUAGUCCGUACAAUGAAAUGGAAUAAAAUAGGCUGUGCGUACAGAUUUUCGUCUGAUUAUCGAGAGCUUAAUUCGAUGUGCCUACUUGCGAUGAAACGAUACGUACAGAUGCUUCGCGCUGUUCUAUGAUAAUAAACUAAUCUCGAAUGAAAUCCGGAGCGAACGAAACGAUAGGAUGAAAAAUAGCAGAAUCAACGGGAAAUCGAGGGAUCCCCGAACGUUUUGGACCGGCGGACCGAGAAGCAAAACACGAAUAAUCGUAUUUCCUCUUUCCAAAUUGUCCAUUUUUCUGCACAAUCUGAGCAUCGGUUAGGGAGACAUUACUGUACUUGCUCGAGAAAAUGUUCACAGAAUUCUGAAAAACGGUCCCAACCGUGAAACACGCAACUUAGCCUCGCGGGUCGAAUCGACGAUUCUUCAGCGGCUAACAUGCAAAGAGAGGACGAUGAUCGGGUGGCCGGAUCGUCGUUUCGAUUGCGCCACGCUAAAGGAGGGCUGUCGCUUAACGAGGAAUGCAAAGAGGAACGAUGAGAUGUCGACGUUGAUCGUGAACCAAGGGAGCCAAGGGAGAGAAUGACGACAGCGUGCAGCGUUGGUCAGCUGUCAGGCACUAGGAUAGAGUAUGCAGCGGUGGUUGUUAGCCCUGGACGAGCCAGCGUCUAAUCCAUGCGGUGGUAGCAUCCUCGUUAACCACGAACCAUCGGGUGCCGCGAUCGCAACGGCCUUGGCAGUUCCAGCUGGGAACCAGAACAGCCCCAGAACAGACGGCGAUGGCGCAAAGCUGGCCUUACACCUACCGAACGAGCGGUACGGCUGCAAUCCCGACAGCCUGUACGCGGUCCCGAGAACCGAGCUGCACGAGGCGGAAUGGAUAGAGCCUGACUCGAUAGACGCCGAGGUCUCGCGAUUCGUGGCCGGCUCGUCGGCGGCAACGACCACCACGAGGAACAAUUCGAGAAGAUGCUGCCGGACGUCGACCAGUUCCGGCUACUCCAGCCACUCGCCGCCGUUGUCCGCCGGCUCGUACUCCUGCUACGCGUCGGCUGUUCCUGGCCAGGCCUUCUUCCGAACCGUUCCGUUGUCGAUAAAGGACCAGUUCGGCGGCGGUCUCGCCGUGAUCCACGAGAGCGAGGCGAUCCCGCGACCCAUCUGGCCCUCCGCGUUUCCCGGCCUGCGUGAACUCUGCCAGACCGACGAGACUCCCGAAUACGAUGCACUGUACGCCUGUUGCGGAUGUGGUUGCGCGUACGCGUACUCGCACUGCGACCGGGACUACGAGAAAACGGCCGGCACGACGGCGCACGAGAUCCUCCUCGAUUUGUCCCAAACUCUAAACUCUGUGAUAGAAGGGGAGACGGCGAUGACGCCGGAGGAGAUUUUGCAAAGCAUCUCGCAGAAGGUCACCCAAGGGAUCGGCUUGAAGGGCGGCAUCUACGAGUACGUCUACCAUCAGAACUCGUCUUUUCUACCCGGGAAGACGCUGCUCGGCGACAAAAACUCCUCCCUGUUCAGUUGUGGGAACCGAACCAGCUCGUCGAGGAUCAAUCCGGUGAACUCGAAGUUGUACACGAACACCAGGCACUUCUACCUGCACAACCCUGGCUGGUACACGUCCCUGUGCACCUGCGAGCACACGUACCACAGGUUCCUGUCGUCGUCCUCGUCUUCGUCGAAGGGCGACGAGGAAACCGGAGUCGGGAACGCUGCCGAUAAGAAAGGGAUCGCGUCCCCGGUGUUCCAGAAGGACGUUCAGGGUAAAGCUGUGCAAAACGAUCCGACCGAGCCUUUUUCCGGGUUCCGCGUAAUCAGCUGCAACUGUAAUUCGAGCAGACCGAACCGCCAGGCGGUGAUAAACGCUUAUGCGAAUCGCAGGAUCGGGCAGGACGCGAAAGAGACGAUCGGAUUGAACGGGGAAAAGGAGAACCGUAACAAACUCGGCCACGGUGAACCAGAAUACGCAACGCAGCUGGAGUGCAGUGACGGCGGUUCGUCCAGCGAGGGUAUAGUGGUCCCUUCCGGCAAAAGCAACUGGGACAAUCGGUUCCGCGGUUUCGCCGGUGACUUGGACUUCACGCUGGACGUGUCUCGAGCCGAGAGACUGGGCCGAGCGAUCGCGAAAGCGAAACGGAAGCGACAAUGGUGCAGAGCUGUAACCGCCUUCUUCGGACUAGUCUUCUUUGUUUUAAGUGUCGUCAUUGUCUCGCUGUCCGUCACGAGGGGUCGUAAAGCGUUCGGAAGCAUGUGACCGUCGGACGAUCGAAACUAUUCGAACUCAAAGUAUGGAUCAAAGUGAAGUUGAUCCACGGGGUCAUCGACUGUCCAUUAUUUGGGAUAUAAGUUUCCCAACCCUCUUUUCACCUCUACUUUCGAGAUUUCCGAGUGAUGUUGAACAUUGAAAAAUUCGAUUGAAAAUGCAAUGGCUAGAAACUUGGAAUUUCGGGAAACUGUGCUUAAUGCGAGAUUCGACGAGCACGCGAUUACUGAUUUGCUGGUGAUCCUUAUCAACGAACUUUGGAACGCAAAAAUUACGAAGCUGGCCUAGGACUGCGCGAAGUUCAAGAAUAUUUGUAUUCUUUCAUCGAUAUAAAAAUUCAUAAAUAUUCCGUAAGCUAAGGUAAACGAAUGGACGUGGAGUUCUGAAUCAGUCUGUAAUCCCGUCAUUAAAUCGGAAGGCUUUUCUGACGGUGAUUCUUGUAAAAAAAAAUCCAUUGACUGACACUCUCUCGCUUUAUGUAAUUCUCAGUACCUUAUAUCGUUAAGUGAAAUUAGCAGGGUUUAGGUCCUGUUAGCAAUAUGUGGCUGUGACCAUGUUCUUAUAUACGAAUAUUGAUAUACGACAUUAUACCCCGAUAAGAGGUCGCGUGUACUGAUUGCAUGAGAAUCGCACAAUAAAACAAUUUAAUAAAUAAAA